GCGUCAACUUUUACGUAUUGAUAGAACGUCCACGUCGAAUGUGUAGUAAAGGGGAUUCGAAGCGGAAGAAUGUGAUAAACAUAAACAAACGAGCAGGUUUCUGGAUAAAACAAUGGUAAAUGGAAUUCCAAGUGAUAUGCUUUGAUUUAAAAACAAUUUGUGUUGUUCAAAACAAAAUGUGGGAAUGCCCUAUGAGAAGAUGAACUUGUCUGGGCAGGCAAUUUAUGCCCCUAAAAAGGUCUUUUUGUCCAAAAGUUUGAAUGAUGGUAUCCAGACUCCAGGAGAUGAGGAAAGGGCCGAAGAACCUGUGGGCAAUCAAAUUAUAACUGACGACAUGUUUGAGAUACAAUCACGAGAGUUCUUGUCUCAAUUUGGACAGCCAAAUAAGCAGUUUUAUUCCUCAAAUUCUGGUAGUGACCAGUUCAUGAUAAAUAAUAGUAACAGUCAUGAUCACUAUUUGCAUAUGGAUUUUGACACCAACCAACGAAGAGCGAGUAAUGUAUCUGUAUCUAGUAGCUCCUUUCCUGGCAUGUUUCCAUCUGAGAUCAGUUCCACAAGUCCCCAGCUAUUUUCCUCAAGCAACAGCUCCUUUCAGGAUGAAAAGUCUUUUGUUAUAAGUUCCAAGGACUCCAGUAGUCUACCAUAUGGAUAUUAUCCAAAGGAACUGGUUGGUCAGUUGACCCCUUUCAAUGCCAGUCAGGUUUCUUUGGGUACAAGCCAGCUGACUUCUGUGAAUAUUGAUAGUAAAUUCUCUUCAACUGUAGAUAAUUUACAGGUUCCUUCUGUGAAUGCAAGCCAAAGUUUCUUAACAAAUUCAUACCAAGCAUAUUCUGUGACUACUAGUGCCAUAUUUUCAGUGAGUGCCUGCCAAGCUCCCACAUCUACUAGUGCUAAUUUUUCAGUGAGUGCAAGCCAAGCUCCUAUGAUUACUAGUGAAGUUUUCUCAAUGAGUGCCAACCAAGCUCCAUUAACCACUAGUGAAGUUUUCUCUUUGAGUGCCAACCAAGCUUCUUCUGUUCAUACAAACCAAGUGCCUCCAUUGAAUGCAAGUCAGAUAUUACCAUUGGAUCCUAAUGAAACAUCCCCCGAGAAUAAUAGACAGGUCAGUCAAACAUUUAUGGUAAACAAUGCAAGUUCCUGUGGACAGAAUUCGACUGAAGACCCUUACAGCACAUAUCAGUUUCUAUCUUCUGGGAAUGUGAACAGCAUAGGUUCUGGUCAGGUAUUGUCUGGAAAUAGUGAAAUAGAAUCUGGAAACAAAAGACUGGAGACAUUAAAGGAUACAAAAGAUCUUGAGCAAAACUUAGUAAAUGAACCUAACAAUGUCAACCAGUCAUCCACCAUGAAUGGUACAGCCAUGUGUGACUCUACAAAAAGUCUAGUUAACUCACCAGAAAGCUGGACAUUUUCAUCGCUUGUACCUUUCAAUAUGUCGCAUGAUGAAAGAAAAAGUCCGUUAUCAGUCCCAUCAGAAACAACUGCUGAAUCCAUGUUUGAUCACGUACAGGAUGAAGAUAAAAUUCCAGGAUCAGUCGGCAGUGAUUCAUUUGUAAAGUAUUUCGGCAGUACAGAAGAAAGUACUCCAUGCAGUACUAUGACAUGGGCACAGCGAUAUGGACUUCAUGCUAAACUCAAAAAACCUUCGCAACAGUCAUUCAACAGAGUCAGUCUAGCUGAUAUUGAAGAAUUUUCUGUAAAGAGUGUGGUAGAAAAACAAAAAUCUGUAGAAAAAAGUACAUAUUACACGUCACACAGACCUCCACAGCCAAAGAAAAAAUCUGCAUCUCCAGUAGGAGUAAACCCUUUAGUAGAAAAUCAAGUGAGUUGUUCAAGUUCCCCUUCCGUAAUAUCAUCAUCCCAUGUGUCUUCAACAGAUAUGAAACAAGAACUUUCUCCAGAAUGUUCCUAUCAAGGUCAGAACAGAAAUGAAUCAUAUUCUCUGCCCUCAAGCACAUCUGAAGUUAGAGUAGUGUCCCUGAAAAUAUUGAAGAUGAAUACUGAGGACAGUAGUGAGAUAAGCAGCACAGAAACUGCUAGCGAACUUGUUCAACCUCCAGGUAACGAAACCAGUUGUCAGGUGUGUGGGGACAAAGCUGCAGGAUUCUACUGUGGGGCAUUUAUCUGUGAGGCAUGCAAGAAAUUCUUUAUGAGAGCCAGUAAGAUGGAGAAAGUAAAAUAUGUAUGUCUUCGGGCACAAAAUUGUGUAAUAACCAAGGAGAGUCGAGUCCAGUGUCAAUACUGCCGAUUCCAGAAAUGUCUAAGUCUGAAAAUGUACUGUCCAGGUUCAGGCGAUGGCAAGAAAAAAGACAAGAAAAUUGGGAAGAUUCCAUGUCGGGUGUGUAGUGCCCCAUCCUCGGGAUUCCACUUUGGGGCACUCACCUGUGAAGGCUGUAAGGGUUUUUUCAGGCGGAUGGCAAAGGAGAGAGAAUGUCAGCGGUACAAGUGCACUAAGAGUGGUCACUGUGAAGUUAACACCUUUACACGUAACCUCUGUAAAGCAUGUCGAUAUCGCAAAUGUCUGAACUCAGGAAUGUCCAUCGAAGGAAGUAGAAUAGGUCGUCAACCAAAUUCCAUCAAACAUGCAAUAUCCAUAGAGGCUGACAAACAAGGAAAACAAUCACGUAAGGAGCAGAAAAAAAAUGAAGAAAUCAACUUAAACGAUAUGGAUGCCGUGGUUAAAUUGGCCACAGGUAUCGGGCCAGAAAUAUUGAAGGAUGAUAGAUCGGAAGUACCUAGGAAUGUUGGACUGGAAAUGAUAAAGGAUGUAAGCCUAGAACAGAUAGACUCAGAUGAUACAAAUUUUAACUUCACAAAUCAACAGGUCAUUGCUCAAGAAAACUGUGAUAUAGAAGUAACACCAAUACUGCCUGUGGUGACAGAGAUUAAACAGGAACCACAUUCACCAGCAAUCAGGUGUGUCAGUCCAGUUAACGGUCCAGGAAGUAUUAUAGAUAGUAUUAACAGUGAAAAGACUUUGGAGAUCAUCAGUAAAUGUGCUGAAUGUAACGGGGAACUAGAAAAUCUCCUGCCUCUUAAUGUCAAUGAAGGAGAUGAAUUAGCAGGGUAUACAACUGCAAAGAAAACAUGGGCCAGUAUGAUGGCUUCCUUUGAACAUACUGCUAGAACACUCAUCAAAUUCUCAAAGAAAGUUCCAGGUUUCAGAGCUAUUUCAUUGGAUGACCAAAUCAAACUCAUACAAGCAUCAAUCUACCCCAUUGUAGUCCUCAACUGUUCACGAAGCUUUGACUGUGAAACCAAACAGUAUAGCUACUUCAACUUCACACCAAGACAAAGACAAACCAUUCAUUCAUUCUUCCCGAUGCUGAAGAUAUUGUCGAGUCAUUUUAUACACACAGGCAUUAUGGUAAACCUAAUGAAGUUAAGUACCACAGAAUAUACCUUUCUGUCCAUUCUGCUGCUAUUAAAUGCAGAUGUUGAAAGCCUUGCUGACUCUGACAGUGUUCGUGAGCUGCAGAUGGAUACUACAUAUGCCUUACAGUAUCAUGAAGAAACGACCUACCCUGAUGGUAGAACACGUUUCGGGAUGUUGCUGGUCAGAUUAGCCGAGUUACACUUUAUCCUAGUGCAGCACAAUACUGCUAUCACACUAAUGCUGAAGAAGAACCCAGACCUGACUCUGCCACAGAUGUACAAGGAAAUGUUUGGUGAGAAGGUGCUGGAGACUUAACUGGAGUUUUAAUUAUAACUGGAGUCGAGGGAACAUAGGUAGAACUGCAGUUUAGGGACUGGAGUCUUAACUGGUGUCUGGAGACUAGAGUCUAGGGACUGGAGUCUUAACUGGUGUCUGGAGACUAGAGUCUAGGGACUGGAGUCUUAACUGGUGUCUGGAGACUAGAGUCUAGGGACUGGAGUCUUAACUGGUGUCUGGAGACUAGAGUCUAGGGACUGGAGUCUUAACUGGUGUCUAGAUACUAGAGUCUAGGGACUGGAGUCUUAACUGGUGUCUGGAGACUAGAGUCUAGGGACUGGAGUCCUAAGACUGUAUUCUUAAUGGUGAAUUGAGCCAUAACUUGAUUCUUGAGACUGGAUUCUGGAUUCUUGGAACAGGAGUCUUGAGUUGGGUUCUAACUUGAUUCUUGAGACUGGAUUCUGUUAUUUGGAAACAGGAGUCUUUGAGUGGGGUUCUAACUUGAUUCUUGAGACUGGAUUCUGGAUUCUUGGAACAGGAGUCUUGAGUUGGGUUCUAACUUGAUUCUGGAGGCUGGAUUCUGGAUUCUUGGAACAGGAAUCUUGAGUGGGGUUCUAACUUGAUUCUGGAGAUUGGAUUCUGUUGUUUGGAAACAGGAGUCCAAACUUGAUUCUGGCUACCUAAAUUCUGGAGUCUGGAUUCUGUUGUUUGGAAAUAAGAGUCUUGAGUGGGGUCCUUACUUGAUUCUGGAGACUCGAUUCCUGGAGUCUUGAAACAAGAGUCUUGAGUGGUGCUCCAACUUGAUUCUGGAGUCUGGAGAAAGGAGUCAUAAGUGGGGUCUUAACUUGACUCUGGAAACUGGAUUCUGGAGUCUGGAAACUGAACACAGAAUCAGUUGUUGCUUCAAUUCUAGAUGUAAAUUAAUUAGUGUGACAGAUCCCUAGGACAGUUUUUAACUAAAACUACAAAAUGGAAUAUCUCCAUCACACCAGUACUACAUGAUGUGUUCAGCAGGGCUAUUUAUAGACAGAGCAGCUGUAGAACAGAUCUUGCCCUGUAAUGUUUUUGAAAUUUUUCACUGUUCCAUAAUUAACUCACCUGCUCCAAAGGACUGGUAAGCUUAUGUCCUAGCACAAUGUCUGUUGGCAGUUUUGAUGAAAUUUGGUCUAGAACAUUCUUUCAUACCGUUGUAGCCUCCUGAAGUGUUUAUAUGGACUGCUCAUCAGUAAUUACCGUCUACUUCUUUGUCCUUCUCCGAGAGCUUUACUUUCACAAGUGCUGACAAUAUUAAGUUGCUGUUGUUUGUAAUUGAUAAUGUACUGCUUACAUCAUUUUACUUUUUUCACUACGAUAUUCCUGACAUAUUCCAUUUAUGUCUAUUAUUUAUUCAGGGAUGAUAUUAUUUUCAUGCUCAACGAAGAUAUGGAGAGCAUUUAGUUGCAGCUUCAUCCAUCUGUCAUUCCAUCUGAAGCACAACUUUGCUCAGUUAUUCAGGGCCUACAACUCCUUAAUUACAGAGUUAUUGCCCUUUGUUAAGUUUUUGUGUUUGGAGUAUAAUUUUGCCACCCAGUCCAUGUUGUUCAUGACAAAGCUCAAUGUAAAGAAAAUCCCACGGUACUUUGCUGUGAUACACCAUCAGAUGAAUGGUGCCAUUACUGAUGGUCCACAAGUAAUAUAAUGUGAUAUGAUCUUUAUUUUAAAUUGUCUGGGACAUAUUUGGAUAUAGAGUAAUAGAGAUAAAAUACAUCAGUUGGGUUAAAGUUAUUUUGAUUAAAUUCAGUCAGAAACAUCUUCUUUAGAAGGGGAACCAAUUUUGUAUACAUGGUGACCCUGACCCUAUAGGGACCUGAGGGACAGGGUCCAAUAAAGGAUAUAUCAGAUAUAGCAAAUUGUUUGAAACCUUCUUCUUCUAUAUGAAUGACAGGAGCUGUUCAGCUUUUGGUCAGAAGCAUCCUUUGGGGAAGGAGAAUCAAUUUUUAUGAUAGAGGAUAGAGAGUCAUAGGGCCUGAGGGAUGAGGCCCAAUAGGGGAUAUAGCAAAUUCUAUGAAAUCCUUCUUUGUUUGUAGAAAUAACAUGAUUUUAUCCAAAUUUGGUUUGAAGCAAAGGGGCUUUGUAUAAAUGGUUGACCUGAAGGCAGUGGGAUAGGGCCCAAGGAGAAAAUAGAUAUCACUCUUUGGAAUCCAUAUUCCUGAGUUUGGAUAAUGCAUUUCAGUUAAACAAACCAAGUGAGUGAUACAGGUCAUAUGUGCCUCUUGUUUAUUAGAAAGUCUGACAUGUAAAUCAUCUACAUCUUUAAGAAUUGAAGAUAUUAUGAUGUGUAUGCAUGGAAAGACUGUUAAAAUCAAAUAUAUAGUGAUUUGUAAAUGUAUGGAAAGGCUUCUUAUACAGAUUUAUAAAUAUAUAAAAAGGUAGCUAUUGAAUGGCAGUUGAAACUAAUUAUAUUGUGAUAUGGAAAUGUAUGGUUUAAAAAGGUGGCAAAAUUAGAUGUAUUGUGAUAUGUAAAUGUAAGGAUGGAAGGCUAGUAAAAUUAAAUAUGUUCUAAUAUUUUAAUGUAUUGUUGGAAAGGUUGGUAUAAUUAGAUAUAUGGUGGUAUGUAAAUGUAUGGAUGGAAGGCUAGUAAAAUUAAAUAUAUUGUGAUAUUUAAAUGUAUUGUUGGAAAGGUUGGUAUAAUUAGAUACAUGGUGGUAUGUAAAUGUAUGGAUGGAAAGCUGGUAAAAUUAGAUGUAUUGUGAUAUGUAAAUGUAAGGAUGGAAGGCUAGUAAAAUUAAAUAUGUUCUAAUAUUUUAAUGUAUUGUUGGAAAGGUUGGUAUAAUUAGAUAUAUGGUGGUAUGUAAAUGUAUGGAUGAAAGGCUAGUAAAAUUAAAUAUAUUGUGAUAUUUUAAUGUAUUGUUGGAAAGGUUGGUAUAAUUAGAUAUAUGGUGGUAUGUAAAUGUAUGGAUGGAAAGCUGGUAAAAUUAAAUAUAUUGUGAUAUGUAAAUGUAAGGAUGGAAGGCUAGUAAAAUUAAAUAUAUUGUGAUAUGUAAAUGUAUUGUUGGAAAGGUUGGUAUAAUUAGAUAUAUGGUGGUAUGUAAAUGUAUGGAUGGAAGGCUAGUAAAAUUAAAUAUAUUGUGAUAUGUAAAUGUAUGGAUGGAAGGCUAGUAAAAUUAGAUAUAAUGCGAUAUGUAAAUGUAUGGUUGAAAAUGCAGGUAAAAUUAGAUGUAUUGUGAUAUGUAAAUGUAUGGUUGGAAGGUUAGUAAAAUUAAAUAUGUUUUGAUAUGUUAAUGUAUGGUUGGAAAGGUUGGUAUAAUUAGAUAUAUGGUGGUAUGUAAAUGUAAGGAUGGAAGGCUGGUAAAACUAAAUAUAUUGUGAUAUGUAAAUGUAUGGAUGGAAGGCUAGUAAAAUUAGAUAUAUUGUGAAAUGUAAAUGUAUGGUUGGAAGGCUAGUAAAAUUAUAUAUAUUGUGAUAUGUAAAUGUAUGGUUGAAAAAGCUGGUAAAAUUAAAUAUAUUGUGAUAUUUAAAUGUAUGGUUGGAAGGCUAGUAAAAUUAGAUAUGUUCUAAUAUGUUAAUGUAUGGUUGAAAAUGCAGGUAAAAUUAGAUAUAUUGUGGUAUGUAAAUGUAUGGUUGGAAGGCUAGUAAAAUUAGAUAUGUUCUAAUAUGUUAAUGUAUGGUUGAAAAUGCAGGUAAAAUUAGAUAUAUUGUGGUAUGUAAAUGUAUGGUUGGAAGGCUAGUAAAAUUAGAUAUGUUUUUAAAUGUUAAUGUAUGGUUGAAAAAGCUGGUAAAAUUAGAUGUAUUGUGAUAUUUAAAUGUAUGGAUGGAAAGGAUGGUAACUUUAUAGGUUGAAAAACUGUUAAAGCUAUAUGAAUGGAAAGACAGUGUAACAGGUUUAUUUCAACACACACAUAUUUCAUCAUUUGGUGUCAAAAUAAAAACAUUUUUUUUAUUUUAGUCAUGCUGUAAUUCUUUCAUCGAAAAAUAUCAUUUUCUCUUUCUCAAUAAAACUUUGCCUACAUAGUAUUGGCAUACAAUCUUUUAGUCAAAAUAAGACAGUGGCAAAAAAUAACCUGUUAAAUGGAAAUAUUGUCAUUUAUAAAUGUAUGGAAAGACUGUUAAAGUGAGAUAUAUUGUGACCUAGACAUGUACAGAAAAAGUAUUAAAAUCUAAUUUAUCAUAAUUUAUGAUUGAUUCUGUCAAAAUGAGAAAUUUUGUGACUUAUAAAUGUAUAGAGAUUUAAAUCAAUGCAUUGUGAUAUGUGAAUGUUUUAUAAAGUGAAGCUUAUGAUGGUACAAUAUGUUUAAUAAUGUAAAAUUGCAGAACCAAUGAACUCUCAAAUUGUCACUUGCAUGUUGUUUUCUUCCUAGUUACUACUUGAGUACCUUUAAACAUCAGCAAUAAUAAAAUGAAAAGGGAAUUGCUCCCAUCUGAUAUUUUUCACUUGUGACCAUUUCUUCUACAGGUAUAUUUAACAUUCAGCCAAAGUUUUUUGUGUGAAUUUUUAGCUUCCUGAUACUUUAAAAUACAACAGCUGACCUCAGCGUUUUACCUUUAAUUUGUCAGGAAGAAUUCCAACAUCCUUGAUCACUUGGGACAGAAUCUGUGUAUGAAUUUUGAUUGUUCAUUCCAGUGAAUGCCUAGAAUAUUUUUUUUUUCUGUAGGAAUUUGAUCCUAUAAAGAUUUACCAUUGUAUAAUAUUGAUGCUAGGACAAGUGUUGGUGUGAGUGGGGUAUAUCAAGAAAGUGCCAGGAACAUUUUCCUCAAUACAAUGACAAGUUGGUGCUUUAUAAACAUGAAAGUAUCAGAGACAGACAUUAGCAGGGAAGAUGAACUCGAGGAAAUGUGAUAAUGAGUUUGUAUUAAAUGAACAAAUACUCCACAGGGAGUAUAUACAACUUGAUAUAUUUGAUGUACAUUGAUUUUGUGAUGUUGCUGUAUAAUUGAAUUUUGUGAAAAUAAAUUAAUU